AUGCAAACUGAUCGAACUUGGCCUUCAACCGAGAUAACAUACACAGAAAUGGAGUUCAACAAGAAAGUUACUUUGCUAUUGAUGGUGGUCUUAGUAACCAUCGCCAUGGUUGAACAUUCUACCUCUGCUGCUCGCCGGAUUGUGCUUCCUUUUGGUCCCGUUGAUGAGGUGAUUAUUGAUACCCAAAUUCCAGUCUCAAACAUGAGGGUGCAAGAUGAAUUUAAUAAGGGUGUCCGCUAUGUUCGUUCUAGCUCCGCAUGUUUGCCUGCUGCUGGGCUAUGCUAUGCAGACGCGCAUUGUUGUUCGGGAGUAUGUGCUGCUGGUGCUGGGGUUGAUAACACAUUCAGAAGAAAAUUCGACCCAGAAGAGUACUUAGAACGCGCUCGUGAGCGUGAAAAACAGGAGUCUGAAGGUCGCGGGAAAUCUAAAUCAAAAGGGCCACCGGUGCAAAGGAAGCCAUUGAAGCAUAGGGAUUAUGAAGUUGAUCUCGAGUCUCGGUUGGGGAAAACUCAGGUUGUUACACCAAUUGCACCUCUAAGCCAGCAGGCUGGAUACUACUGUUCAGUUUGCGAGUGUGUGGUAAAGGAUUCUGCAAACUACUUGGAUCACAUCAAUGGAAAGAAACAUCAAAGAGCAUUGGGCAUGUCUAUGCGGGUGGAGCGGGCAUCUCUUCAACAGGUCCAAGAGCGAUUUGAAAAGCUCAAGAAACGGAGAGAACCUGGAAGCUUCACAGAGCAAGAUCUUGACGAACGGAUAUUGAAACAGCAGGAAGAAGAGGAGGAACGCAAGCGUCAACGCCGAGAAAGAAAGAAAGAAAAAAAGAAAGAGAAGGCGGCAGAAGAGGAGGAAGCUGAUAUUGAUCCUGAUAUUGCAGCUAUGAUGGGGUUUGGAGGUUUUGGUUCAUCAAAAAAAUAA